UGUGAUAUUAUAAUUUUAGAGCCUGAUUCAGGCCAUUAGUUGUAAUUAUUUAUAAGUAUAAUUUAUUAAUUAUCAAAUACUGAUUAGUUUUAAGUUUUAAUUGGUAAGAUGCACAGAUUAUCAAAAAAGUAUAGAAAACCUGUAAAAGGUAGAAGAAGAAGAAGAUUGGCUGACGCAGCAAAUAAUAGUAAAAAAACAAAAAAGAAGGCAACUCCAACAGAAAAUACAUUAGAUGCUAGUGCAAGUACGAGAAAAUUAAAUUUUUUUAAUGAACCCAAUGUGCAAGAUAGUUUAGCGAAUAAGAACAGAAAUCCAGUGCCUAAUAAUGAAACUGAAAGUAAUAAUACAAAAGAUACAAAAGUAACAGAUGAUAAAAGUCAUGAGCCGAAAAAUAUGAAAUCUAAUGUGUUCAGUCCAACAAGUCAAGAUGAAUUUUUUUUAGUACAUUCGAGUAUUCUUAGCUGUUCAUUCAAGAAUUAUUUUUGUUUAAAGUGCAAAGAGAUUAGUGCUCAUUUUAAAGUUGUUAAUAGAUUUGGUUUUGCUAGUGAGUUUCACAUUGUGUGUAAUAAUUGUGAUGAAAUCAUCAAUAAGUUGUAUACUGCUCCACGCCAAAAUAAUUCCAGUUUUAAUAUCAAUGAAAAGUUAGUUGACGCAUUCACAGAAAUAGGAGCUGGUCAUGCUGCUAUGCAAAAACUUACUGCUGCAUUAGAUAUGCAUUGUAUGAGUUCAAAAACCUAUUAUACUCACCUAGAAAAAGUAAUUGAAAAAGCAAGAGUUUUAAAAACAGAAGUGCUCGCUAGAAGUAGAAAGAAAGAGAAAUACAUGAAGACUUGUGCAAUUCGAAAAAAGGUGAUACAAUAAAUUUAACUGUUUCUUACGAUGGCACUUGGUAUAGAAGAGGGCAUGUUUCCAAUUAUGGCAUAGCAUUUGUUAUCGAUGUUAUUACUGGACUGGUAGUGGAUUAUGAAAUUUUGAGCAAAUAUUGUCAUCAAUGCCUGCAAGCUAGUAAUGAUUUGGGAGCUGAUUCACCAGAAUAUGAUUCCUGGUAUCAACCUCAUAAAAAAUUUUGUAGAUUAACUUUCACGGUUCAUCUGGAUCUAUGGAAGUAGCUGCUGCUGACAUAAUGUGGCGAAGAACAAUUUCACAAGGCAACUUUAGAUAUACUACUAUUUUGUGUGAUGGAGAUUCAAAGACAUUUAUUCAUUUGGAAAAGCAAAACAUUUACAAUGGGAUUCCAUUAGUUAGAGAGCAAUGUGUAAAUCACGUUAAAAAAAGGAUGACAACUGCUCUCCAUGAAGAAAUUAAAAAAGCAAAAGCUCAAAAAAUAACGCUUGGUGGAAAUAAAAAAGGUGCCUUAACUGAUAAGUGUAUUAAACAUUUGAGUAACUAUUACUUGAGUUGUAUCAAAAGAAACAAAAACAACGUAGAGAAAAUGAGAACUGAAGUCUUAGCUACUUUAGCUCAUUGUUCAUCAACUGAUGAAAAACAUGAUCAUUCGCUUUGUCCUAAAGGUGAAAAGUCCUGGUGCUUUUUUAAUAAAGCAACUGCUCUUGGUCUUCGACCUCCAACACACAACAACAUGCCUGUUUUCUUAAAUUCAACAGUGAAUGAACGGUUGAAGCCAAUUUUUGAAAGACUCUCUAAAACAGAAUUGUUAGCAGGCUGUUCUCAAGGUUUAACUCAGAAUGCCAAUGAAGGGCUUCAUUCAGUAGUGUGGAGGUUGUGUCCAAAAACAAUAUUUGUUUCAAAAGAUAAAAUUGAAAUUGCUGCUGCUAAGGGUGUGGCUCAUUUCAACUUAGGUGCAUUAAAAACUGCUGAAUUAUACAAAAAACAAGCUUUGACUGACAACGCAAUAAAAAUUUUCAAUUCUCAAGAUUUGAAAAGACAGAGGCAGAGUGACAUCAAGAGUUCUAUUGAAGAAAAAAAAGACGCAUUGAUAACAAGUAUGAGAAAAAAAAUGUAGAAAAAUCAAAAGUGCAAUCUGAAGGUGUGAGUUACGCUAGUGGAAAAUUUCAUUGAAGUGUAAACAAAGUGAACAAUUAUUUCUUACAAGUGAUGUGAUAGUCACUUGAAUUAUAGUUUCAAAUAAUACUGUGAUUAUAAAAUGUGAUUAUAAGAUGUGAUUCAGUGCUUAAUUGCUCUAUAAAGUGCUUUAAUUAUCUGUUUUAAUUGUUUUUAUCGCUCUUUUUAUAUAAUUUUAGAAAUAUACGUGUGUUUAUACAUAGACAGUACAUUUUAAAAGACAAUAUUUGAGGUUGUUUUAAACAGAUUUUGAAAUGGCUAAGAAGAUUUUAAUGAGAAAAUGUUUUAUUAAAUCAGUGAUAAAAAAAUUGACUGUUUGAAGAACUUUGUGUAUUUUAUGAAAAGUGCAAAAAUAUGAUUUAAAAUAAUAUCUGUGAUCAAAAGUUCAAAUAAAAAGUAUUGGUUUCUCAGAAAAGUGA